AUGGCUGCCAGGAACCUAAUAGGGAAUUACAGUAUUCCUCAAACGCUAGUAGAUGAACUAGAGAGAGAAAACAAAAUUGAUGAUUCCAUAUCCAGUGAUCAACUAAAAGAAAAUAUCACCAAGAAUGAUUAUGUAGAUAGGAAGUAUAAGAGGAAAGGUGAAAUCUCUUUGGACGACUCCUCAAGUACAUAUCGAGGUAAAAUGGAGGUGAGAGAAUUAGAAAGAGAAGAGGAGAGAGUAAGGAAGUUGAUAAAAGAGAAACAAGAAGAUGGGAUUCAGCCUUCACCUAAAAGACAAAGGAAGAAGAGAUGGGAUGUCACCCCUGAAGAAUACGCAAAAAACAACAGCAUAGUGCUAGACUCUUCGAGCAUCACAUCCUCAGCAUUAAUCGAGACACCACCCAUUAUAAAUGGAAUAGCAUUAGUAGACUCAAUCUUGAACAAGAUCCUCCCCAGUGGGUAUAAAAUACUUCCAUUUCCAAAAGACUAUCAGCCGUUUGAUGCUAACUUGCCGCCAGACUUGAUAGAGGCACCUACAAGCUAUUACGUGCCACCCCUGACAGUGGAAUCACAAAUUUCGGAUAAAACGAAGCUUCAUAACAAUGAAAUUGUUGUAGAGUUUGAAGGAAUGAAAGACAUAGAAUAUUUCAAAGAAGAGGACGUGAAAUAUUUUGGGAAACUCUCUAAGGUCACAGAGAAUGAUUCUAUUCAGACGGAGGAACAAAAAUUGGAGAUCAGGUUCAUGAGGUUACUUUUGAAGGUAAAGAAUGGCUCACAGAUUGCAAGAAAGAGGUCUUUACGUCAGAUAACUGACAAUGCCAGAAAGUUCGGUCCCAAGAUAAUCUUUGAUCAGGUUUUACCAAUUUUACUUGAACCUAAUUUAGAUGACCAAGAAAGGCACUUACUUGUGAAAUUAAUAGGAAGAAUUUUAUUCCAGCUUGACGAUUUAAUACGACCAUAUACGCAUAAAAUCUUAAUUGUCAUAUCUCCCUUACUUAUAGAUGAAGACUUUACCACCAGAUUGGAAGCAAGAGACAUAAUAUCAAGUCUUUCUAAAGCUGCAGGUCUCUCUAAUAUGAUUUCCAAUUUAAGACCUGAUCUAGACCAUGUUGAUGAAUUUGUUAGGAAUACAACUUCCAGAGUCUUUGCUAUUGUAGCCAAUACUUUAGGUUUGGUUAAUUUUUUGCCCUUUUUGAAAGCAGUAAUCAAGUCCAAAAAGAAUUGGACGGCAAGACACACAGGAAUCAAGAUUAUUCAACAGCUAUGUAUUAUAUUAGGUGGGGGGAAUGGUAAUUCGAUAUUGCCAUUUCUCGAACAACUUAUAGAAGUGUUGAAACCAGGAUUGACAGAUGAGGUAUUACAGGUAAGAACUAUAACUGCCCUUGCCAUCUCACAGUUGGCAGAUAAUGUGAAACCAUACGGUAUUGAUGCCUUUGAGCCCAUAUUGGAACCGGUAUUAUUAGGUCUUAAGAGGCACAGAGGGAAGGGAUUGGCCAAUUUCCUAAAAUGUAUUGGUUCUAUCAUUCCUUUGAUGCACUACGACCCCAACUAUGAAGAAUAUUCGAAUUAUUAUUCAAGAGAAUUGAUGGCUGUGAUUUCAAGAGAAUUUCAGUCCCCAGAUGAGGACAUGAAGAAAACGAUUUUAAGAAUAUUAACGACAUUACCGCUUUCGAAAGAAAUUAUCCCCAACUAUCCUACCCAAAUAUUUGUUCCUUUCUUCAAAGCAUACUGGAAUAGAAGAGUCGCCUCCGACUCCAACCAACUAUUUAGAUUGGUCGUAGAGGCUACUACUCAAUUGGCCAUUAAAUUCGAUCUACUUGAAGUCUUAGAGAAUAUAGUGGGCUACGCCAAAGAUGAGAAUGAAAAUCUUAGAAGAAUGAGUGUUGACUCGAUAAGUGAGAUGAUUCGCUUGAGCCCUGAUGGCUUACUUGGAUUAGACUCGCAGUUAGAGCUAACUUUAAUUGACAGUGUGCUAUAUGCAUUUCAAGAGCAGCAGAACCAACUGCAGGCAAAUAAUAAUAACAAGUCAAGUAGAGUGUACCUUCAGGGUUUAAGUACUGUAUGCCAAUCGCUAGGAAUCAGGCUUAAACCACAUAUGAAUUCUAUUAUAAGUACAAUAUUGUAUCGAUUGAAAAAUAAAUCUCCAGAAGUCCGUCAACAAGCUUCAGACUUAAUCUCGGCAAUUGCACCAGUCAUCAAGGUUUGCUACAAUGAUGACAAUGAAAUUUUGAUGAAAUUAAUUCUCAUUUUGUACGAAUCCUUAGGAGAAGUCUAUCCUGAGGUGUUGGGAUCAAUUUUAUUAGCCUUGUAUGCAUGUAUAGAUAGCAUUGAAGUUAUUUCGCUCUUCACCAUGCAAAAUCCUUCCAUCAAUCAAAUUUUGCCUACUUUGACUCCUAUUUUGAAGAACAGACAGGAUAAAGUCCAGGAAUCAUGCAUAAAGUUGGUUGGACUCAUUGCUAAGAAGAAUGCGGAAUCGAUUAAUGCAAAGGAAUGGAUGAGAGUCUGCUUUGAGCUAUUAGACAUGCUUAAAUCAUCCAAAAAAAGGAUCAGGGUUGCAUCGAAUGAGACCUUUGGCCAUAUUGCAAAGACUAUUGGCCCACAGGACGUGCUAGCAAUGCUUUUGAAUAAUUUAAGAGUCCAAGAACGUCAAUUGAGAGUUUGCACAGCCGUUGCCAUUGGAAUUGUUGCUGAAAAUUGUGCCCCCUUCACGGUUUUACCUUCGCUAAUGAAUGAGUACAGAAUCCCUGAUAAAAAUGUUCAAAAUGGAGUCUUAAAGGCAAUGUCCUUUCUUUUUGAAUACCUUGAUGGCUCCGUUACAAAGGACUACUUAUAUGCAAUAACACCCUUGUUGGAAGAUGCGUUAACUGAUAGAGAUUUGGUUCAUCGUCAAACAGCUUCUUCUGUAGUUCAGAAGAUAGCUAUUAAUUGUUUUACUUUGAUCGAUGACAAAAACUACGAAUUAUUCAUACAUUUUUUGAAUUUAAUUAUUCCAAAUAUUUAUGAAACUUCUCCUCAUGUCAUUAAUCGUAUAUUUGACAGUAUGGAUUCAAUCAGGGUCAGUAUAGGUGCCGGGGUUUUCAUGAAUUACAUUUGGGCCGGAUUAUUUCAUCCAGCUAGAAAGGUUCGUGCCCCCUUUUGGAAAGCAUAUAACAGGGCAUAUAUUCAGAAUAGUGAUGUGUUGGUUCCAUGCUAUCCUAUUCUCACUAAUAUUGAAGACAAAUCUUAUGAAAUUGAAGAACUUAGUUUAAUAUUAUAA